AUGUCAUCACCGCCUCGAGCUCGAGCAUCCAGGAGCUGCGGUAACUGUCGAGCCGUCAAAAGACGUACACUGACCUUGCUCUAUUAUGACAAUAAGUGCGAUAAAAAGUCCCCGCAAUGUGGCCAGUGCAUCCGCACUCGGGAAACAUGCCAGGGCUACCGUGAUGAGUGGGACCUAGUCUUCCGAGACCAAACAAGCCAUACCAUCAAGCGGUCCAAGAAGAGUCCGAGAGAAAAUGGUACCAGUUUGAGCAAGCUUACUCCUACGGUUGCCCACUCACCUCAUUCAUCUCCACCUGCCCGGGGCCCGGACCCCAGUCUAGACGAGAUAGGCGUGAACUAUUUCCUCCAAGACUUCGUGGCGGGCGGCCGGGUCCCGACACGCGGUUAUCUCAACUAUAUCCCGACAGUCUACAGUCCUGAUUCCGAGCAUCCAACUCUCAUCACCAGUAUGGCAGCUGUAGGUCUCGUCGCACUGUCAUCUCGACAGCCUGAGCUCACCCACCACGCGCGCGCCAAAUACUCCGAAGCAAUCCGCCUCGUGAACAAUGCCAUCGCCUCGCCGACCGAGUCCGUCAAGGAUAGCACAUUGAUGUCGGUCAUCUCGCUCGGCGUCUUUGAGCACGUGUCGAAUUUUGAAUCGUGGGUUCGACAUGUCAAGGGUGCUGCCUCGUUGGUUAUUGCACGGGGUAAAUCACAAUUUUCUAGUAGGGUGUCGAUCUUUAUGUUCAACCAGGUGCGUGCGGAUAUGUGUGCUGCUUGUAUUCAAAGUAUACAGCCAUUCCCGGAUGAUCUGCGCGAGCUGCAGGAAGAGGCAAACAAAUAUACCGAACCGACCGAUGCGUUCUGGAUACUUGGGAUUCUCAGCUCGCGAUGUGCAACGCUCUUCGCGGGCGUCGUGGCGAAGAAUAAGGGCGUCGCUUUGCCCAUAUCUUGGUCCGAUUUUCUAGAACAGUCGAUUGCGCUUCAGGCAAAUUUCAAGACAGCCGUUGAUAUUUUGGCUGUUCAACAGCCAUACACAUCAAUUCAAGAGCCUAAGGCUGGCUCGGCGUUUAUCUCUUUUAGGGGUCGAUAUGAUCUAUAUCAGACAGCUUUUUCAAUCAGACUUUGGAACAACUCACGCAUGGUCGAGAUUAUUGUUUGCGAGAUUAUAUGCUGGCUUAUAAACAAGAUUAUCACCUCGGACCUUGAUGGCUCUGGUCCUCUUUCUGGGCAGGACAGCGCGACGCUGAAAUCAAAGUUGCACUAUGCGGCUCACGUCAUAUCGCAACGAGGAGAAGAUAUUUUGUCCAGCAUUCCACAAGGUCUGGGCCUGGUGUUUGCACCAGGACAGCAUCAAUAUUUCGAAGAGCCCCCGCAAGCAAAUGUCUCUGGUGGGUACAUGCUAGUCUGGCACCUUUACACGGUUGGAAAAUCGCCUGUCAUAAGUAAUGGUGAUCGUAAAUGGGUCAUCGAGCGACUGAAGGGUAUAAGUGAGAGUGCAGGUAUUGACAUGGCGUUGGAGCUUGCUCAGGAUCUGACCAAUUUAGAGGUAAAUGGCAAGUGA